CCUUCGUCAGAGAGAUAACAGACGUUGGCCGGUAGUAGUGACUGGUUCAGCGCUUUUGACUCCCGGUCUCCCACCACAGCUGCUCUGCUCCUCACGCAACUCGAAGCGCAACGGAGGGAAACCCAACACCCCACUGCCACACUCCCCUCCCCUCGGCUUUGUCCAGUCUCCACUUUUUUUCUCCCAGCACCACCAGAUCGCGGGAAAUGUCCGUAUAGCCUCAGCAAGAAGCAAGAAGCAAGAAGCAGUCGGGAGGCAAUGGGUUGCUGCAUCAGCAAGAAGUGCGACGAGCCGCCGGGCACGGCGGCUGGGGAAGUUUCCCGGCGUCGGUCGGAGGCGCGCGACCCGCCGCCGCCCCCGCCGGAGGAGGAGACGGUGAAGGAGGUCCUCUCGGAGACCCCGAAGGCCAAGCCGAGGCCCAGUCCGAGGCGCGUGGCUGCGUCGGCGGGGAAAGAAGCAGGGGAGAUGGGGGCCAAUGCGAAGCUUGGCACUGCUAGGGCGAAGGAUUGUGGUGGUGGUGGCGGCGGCGGCAGGGCGCGUCGGGCGGUGGGUCCGGCGCGUUCCGGGCCGUCGGGCGACGAGAAGUCGGAGGUGGCGUCCGAGUCCUCGGCCGCGACCACCGCGGCGGGCCCCGAACGGUCCCCGGCGAAGGCGUCCAGGAGGCGGGCGGCAGCCGAGGCCGCGCGCGGCGCCAGGCGGGACCGAGGCGCCGGCGGCGGGCGCCCACCACGCGGCGGCCGCGCGUCCCCCUCGCCGCCGCCGCCGCUGCAGCAGCGGCGGCGCGAUGCCGGGGAACGGGCGGCGCGGAGGUCUCCGUCGCCCGCGGCGAAGCGGACGCAGGAGCAGCGCCGCGCGGGCGCCGCCUCUGCGACUGCGACACAGCGUAAGCCGCCUGUCCCCACCAGGCCCUGUGGCCGCGCGUCGCCGCGGCGUGGGCAGCAGGCGCCUCCCGAGCCGGCGCAGCCACGCGAGCCUGAGGAUAGUGCAUCUCCGCCGCCGGUGCAACCAGAGGAGAAUGCCGGGUCCACGACCACCGCGGUUGCCGGCGACGGUGAGGGGAAGGAGUCGCUGGACAACCCUUUGGUGGCCAUGGAGUGCUUCAUCUUCCUGUAGCACUAACCUUCUCCUGACCCGUUCUCCGCUGUCAGCAAAUUACUCCACAUAGUUUUAGCAGGAGUAAAGGUGGUGGUGUUGGUAGCAGCAGCAGGCAGUAGGCCAGUAGCAGCGUAAUUUGGUGAGUAAUAAUCUCGUCGUGUAAAACGUUUCCCCCCUGGGCUGGCUUUUUAACCCCCGCGGGAGAAAAAUUACUGGCUAUUCCCGUAGAGCCUUCAGCCCGUCAGAAUUCAGAUCGCAGGGCUGGGCUCUGACGCGCUGUGCUGAUGUAUUGUCUGCACUCUGUAGAGUACCUCUCCGAUUGUGCAUGUCUACUUGUAAUCUUCUGUUCCUUUUUGCAAUGGCGAGUCAUUCAGAGCUGGAAAGGCAUUCCAUCUGUUA